AAUCGCACUGUGGAGAGCACGUGUCGCAACGUGCGCCGCUCUCCAGUACACGCACUAAAUAUUUAUUACAUAAAACUAAUCGCAAACUGUAACAUAAACGAGCGAUGUUAAUAACAGUCACAAACUUAUAGAAGAACUUUGACUCGCCCAGUGCAUAUGGACUACAGUGCAGUGAAAUGCUAUCCAGUUUUUCUUCAGCGCGCGAGUGUACCACGUACUUUGUUUCGGAAAUGGUGAUAUCGACCCACGGGGAGUGUUUAUGAGACGUUUUGUAGUGAAAUGAAAAAUCUGUGAUAAUGUACGCAACACUGGCUGUAUUCUGUGCUCUGAUGCACGUUGGCUGGACGGUGUUGCCUUUCGGCUCGGACAAAUGCGUCCGAGUUUCGGACAGGGCCUUUGAAAACAGCGUGCUCUGUAGGAUUCGGACUCUUGAUGGUGAUGGUGCCAGUAUUAUUACUGUGAAUUCAGAUACAAGCAGCUUAACCAUCGAGUGCAAUCAUGUACUUCUGUUUGAGAGUUCGUUGCGAACGCGAUACUUUUCACGAGUCUCAAGUCUCAGCGACCUGACAAUAACUAACUGCAAGUUGCUACAUGUGCCAGACAACACGUUUCAAGACUUGAAUAAAUUGAAAAGAAUAAAGAUUCGCUCAAAAAACUCUGAGUGGAGUCCGACCAAGAAUUUAGAGUUAUCUUUGAAUUCUUUGAACGGAAUGACGAAGCUGGAAUCGUUGGAUCUUGCUCAAAAUAACAUAAAAUUCAUUCCUUCCGGCGUGUUCUGCCCGCUGGGAAAUUUAACAACAUUGAAUCUGACACAUAACAGAAUAAGAUCAGUUGGGCAACUUGGAUUUGGACAGGGAUGCGGCUUAAAUGUACACAGUCUCGACCUGAGUCAUAAUGAGAUCAAAACACUACCAGAAAACUCGGAACUACUUAAACUGCGAAGUUUGCGAUACUUGUAUUUGCAACACAAUAAUAUCAGUGACAUAUCCAGUGAAGUAUUUAAUGGAUUACUGAGCCUGAAUAUGAGGGUCCUAAACAUAUCACAUAAUCGUUUACAAAUGAUACCAGAAGGACUAUUCACAAAUGCUAGAGAACUUAGAGAAAUAUAUCUAAAUGAUAACUCGCUCUUUGAAUUAGCCCGAGGAGUUUUCCAUCGAUUAGAGGAACUGAUAGUUUUGGACUUGUCUAGCAAUCAAUUAACAAGUAAUCAUAUUGAUGAUGGGACGUUUAGAGGACUGAUACGAUUAAUUGUAUUGAAUUUAUCAAAUAAUGCCUUGACUAGAAUUGAUGGAAAGACUUUUAAAGAUUUAUUUUUCUUACAAGUACUGAAUUUGAAAAAUAAUUCCAUUGGUUACAUUGAAGAUAAUGCUUUCUUACCAUUAUAUAAUUUACAUACAUUGAAUUUGGCAGAAAACAGACUUCACACAAUUGACGAAAACUUAUUUAAUGGUUUAUUUGUUCUCAGCAAAUUGACUCUAAAUAACAAUUUGUUAGUGAAUAUCGAUCCAAAAGCUUUCAAAAACUGCUCAGAUUUAAAAGAGCUGGACUUAAGCUCUAAUCAAUUGAUGGAAGUCCCUAAUGCUGUUUGGGAACUGUCUUUUCUAAAAACUUUAGAUCUGGGUGAAAAUCAAAUAUCGGAUUUCAAAAAUGGUUCCUUCAAAAACCUAAACCAAUUAACUGGCUUGAGAUUGAUCGAUAACCAAAUUGGAAAUCUUACCGUCGGAAUGUUCUGGGACUUACCAAGCUUGCAGGUUCUCAAUAUUGCUAAGAAUAAAAUUCAGUCCAUUGAACGAGAAACUUUCAGUCGGAAUAUACAAUUGGAAGCAAUAAGAUUGGAUGGAAACUUUCUGACCGACAUCAACGGGGUUUUCUCUACAUUGGCGAGUCUUUUAUGGCUCAAUCUGUCAGAAAAUCAUCUAGUGUGGUUUGAUUAUGCGUUUGUGCCUAGUAAUCUAAAGUGGUUGGACAUACACGGUAACUUUAUUGAACAUUUGGCUAAUUACUAUAAGUUACAAAAUGAAAUCCGUAUUAAAACCUUGGAUGUUAGUCAUAAUCGAAUAGUGGAAAUAUCACCUUUAGCGAUACCUAAUAGUGUAGAACUUUUAUUUAUCAACAAUAAUUUCUUGAACAAUAUUCACGUGAAUACGUUUUUUGAUAAAAAAAAUUUAACGCGUGUGGACAUGUAUGCUAAUGAAAUAGUGCAUUUAGAACUUAAUAGUUUGCGUCUAUCUCCAGUGCCCGCAAAUAAAAGUUUACCUGAGUUUUACAUAGGCGGCAAUCCAUUUCAAUGUGACUGUACUAUGGAGUGGCUACCUAUAAUUAAUAACAUGACUGCGUUAAGACAACACCCUCGUGUGAUGGACUUGGAAAACGUUUUGUGUAAAAUGACAAAUACUCGCAGUGGAACUCAUGUGCCCUUAACUAACCUUAAGACAACAGACUUUCUUUGUAAGUAUGAGACCCAUUGUUUUGCUAUCUGUCAUUGCUGUGACUAUGAUGCGUGUGAUUGUGAAAUGACUUGUCCCACGAACUGUACCUGUUAUCAUGAUCCAUUGUGGAACACAAACGUCGUGGACUGUUCCGGACAAUCUUCUAUGAAAAUACCACAUAAAAUACCCAUGGAUGCUACGGAAGUAUUUUUGGAUGGCAAUAAUAUAAGGGAAUUACAAAAUCAUGUUUUUAUCGGACGACAGAAAAUGAGAUCUUUGUAUGUGAAUAACAGUAAUGUUGACAGCAUACAAAAUAGAACAUUUGCUGGAUUAAAUGCCCUAGAAAUAUUGCAUCUCGGUAACAAUAAACUAAAGGAGUUGAAAGGAUAUGAAUUUCAUCAACUGAGUAAUUUAAAAGAAUUGUUUCUACAAAACAAUCUAAUCAGCCAUAUAGUUAAUAUUACAUUUGUUUCUUUGCGAUCCUUAGAAGUAUUACGCCUUGAUGGUAAUAGGUUAGUCGAUUUCGGAGUAUGGAGUUUUAAUAAUAACCAUAACUUGAAAGCACUAUCCCUUGGAAAUAACUUGUGGGCAUGUAAAUGUCGUUAUCUACAAGAAUUAACUGCAUAUUUGGCGGAGAAUGCGCAAAAAAUAAUCGACAUAACCGACGUAUGGUGUUGGAAUGGAGAGGCGAAACCACCACAGAAAAAAGAGCUAAACUUAAAUGGCACUGCCUGCAGCGAUUAUUAUGCCGAUAAUUCAGUCAUCGGAAAUAUGGUGUCGAACUAUGUUCCCAUGAUGGUCUCGACACUCACCGGCUUUAUGCUAAUUUUAUUGACGCUCGUUGUACUGUUUCUGUUUCGAGACACACUCCGUGUAUGGCUUUACACUAAUUGCGGUAUACGAGUGUUCUCAUUUGCCGGAGCAUUCGAGGAGAAUAACGAUAAAUUGUAUGAUGCCUAUGUAUGCUAUAGUCCGAAAGACGAAGAAUUCGUCAUACAAUCGUUAGCGUCCAAAUUAGAGAAUGGGAAUCCAUCGUAUCAUCUCUGCCUUCAUUAUAGAGACAUUCCACACCACGGCGCUCAGUACAUGCAAUGCGCGCCGCCAGUCGUUGAGGCUGCGGAAGCAUCGAAACGAAUAAUAAUCGUCCUAACGAGAAAUUUCAUGCAAACGGAAUGGUCCCGGUAUGAAUUCCGACAGGGGUUACACGAGGCACUUAAAGGUUGCAUUUAUAAAUUAGUUAUAAUAGAAGAUUGUACUGUAGUCGCAGAUGCAAUGUGUGAUCAUGACUUACGCCCAUACAUGAAGACGGGAUCUCGUUUGACAUGGGAUGAAAAAAGAUUUUGGGAACGGCUUAGGUAUAUAAUGCCAGAUUCGUCCCACCCUAAUCAUAAGGCCCGAAGUCAUAACUAUAGAAAGAAUAUAAAUACUUACACGCUAGAUUCUUCUGUGCCUAAUGGUGGUAACCGUACACUACCUUUUCCUGAUAAGUCACCCGUGUUGGGUGGACAAGGCGCCAGUGCACCUCCUGAAUACAGUAGUGAAGUAAGACAGUCCCCAUCAGCUGUGAGACAAACACAAGGUGUAGUAUAUGGACCAGAUGGUAGACCUAUCUCAGACCAUAUUUAUUCAUCAAUAGACUCUGACUAUUCUUCGUUAGAGCACGGUAUGGCACCAGGUAGGAGACGAGAUAUGAGGCAGUGGCCUCCGCCCCCUCCGCUUGUAGAUACGGGCAAUACCGUGCAAGCUUACCUAGUCUAGGGAUCUUAUGGUCCUAACUUCCAGUCAGAUGUAUGUAAAUAGAUGUUAGUCUUAGACCGCUGUAAAUAUUGUAACUAGUAGUUAGUAAGUGCUAUACCAAAACUAUGUAAUUAAACUAUUAUUGCCUAUUCGUUAUAAUGUGUAUAGAUAUGUAAUAAAAUCUUAAAGACUGCUGUAGCAUAUUGUAUUGUAAAUAGUGAAAACAAGUGAUCAUAGUAUAUUGAUAUCAGUAAUAUCGCGUUAUUUAUACAAAUAAAAUAAAUUGAUGAAG